UAGGGGGCGCGCAUCGGGCGUACCUCGGCUGGCUCGGCUACUUGUGGGGCCUCUGUGGCCCUGUGUGGCUGGAAGGAAAAUGGAGCAAGAGCCGCAGCCUCGGAGGUAGCCCUGACUCCCCUGACUGAGGUCCUGCCGCUUUCGCCGCCAGGGGCCUCCUUCUCUGGACCUGGUGCGAGGGAGCGCCCCGGGGGCCUGGGCCCCGCGAGUGAAAUGGUCGCUGAGGCCCAGAGCGUCGGGCUUCUGCGCGCCCAGUGAAGGGAACUUGGGAGUCUCGAGGGUCUCCGCCACCCCCCUACUCCAGGCGCGGACAACGCCGCUUGGUGAAGAGCAGGCAAAUGUGCAAUACCAACAUGUCUGUGUCUACUGAUGGUGCUGUAAGCACCUCACAGAUUCCAGCUUCGGAACAAGAGACCCUGGUUAGACCAAAGCCUUUGCUUUUGAAGUUGUUAAAGUCUGUUGGUGCACAAAAAGACACUUAUACUAUGAAAGAGGUUAUAUUUUAUCUUGGCCAGUAUAUUAUGACUAAACGAUUAUAUGAUGAGAAGCAACAGCAUAUUGUGUAUUGUUCCAAUGAUCUUCUAGGGGAUUUGUUUGGAGUGCCAAGCUUCUCUGUGAAAGAGCACAGGAAAAUAUAUACAAUGAUCUACAGAAACUUGGUAGUAGUCAAUCAGCAUGAAUCAUCAGAUUCAGGCACAUCUGUGAGUGAAAAUAGGUGUCACCUUGAAGGUGGGAGUGAUCAAAAGGACCCUGUGCAAGAGUUGCAGGAAGAGAAACCUUCAUCUUCAGAUUUGGUUUCUAGACCAUCUACCUCAUCUAGAAGGAGAACAAUUAGUGAGACAGAAGAACAUUCAGAUGAAUUACCUGGAGAACGGCAGAGAAAGCGCCACAAGUCUGAUAGUAUUUCCCUUUCCUUUGAUGAAAGCCUUGCUCUGUGUGUAAUAAGGGAGAUAUGUUGUGAAAGAAGCAGUAGCAGUGAAUCAACAGGGACGCCAUCAAAUCCGGAUCUUGAUGCUGGUGUAAGUGAACAAUCAGGUGAUUGGCUGGAUCAGGAUUCGGUUUCAGAUCAAUUCAGUGUAGAAUUUGAAGUUGAGUCUCUCGAUUCAGAAGAUUAUAGUCUUAGUGAAGAAGGACAAGAACUCUCAGAUGACGAUGAUGAGGUAUAUCGAGUAACUGUGUAUCAGGCAGAGGAGAGUGAUACAGAUUCAUUUGAAGAAGAUCCUGAAAUUUCCUUAGCUGACUAUUGGAAGUGUACUUCGUGCAGCGAAAUGAAUCCUCCUCUUCCACCUCAUUGCAACAGAUGUUGGGCCCUUCGUGAGAACUGGCUUCCUGAAGAUAAAGGGAAAAUGCCUGAGAAAGCCAAACUAGAAAACUCAACGCAAGUAGAAGAGGGCUUUGAUGUCCCUGAUUGUAAAAAAUCUUCAGUGAGUGAUUCCAGAGAACCGUGUGCUGAGGAAAAUGAUGAUAAAAUCACACAAGCCUCCCAAUCCCAAGAAAGUGAGGACUUUUCUCAGCCAUCAACUUCUAAUAGCAUCAUUUAUAGCAGCCAAGAAGAUGUCAAAGAGUUUGAGAGGGAAGAAACACAAGACAAAGAAGAAAUUGUGGAGUCUAGUUUUCCCCUUAAUGCCAUUGAACCUUGUGUGAUUUGCCAAGGUCGACCUAAAAACGGUUGCAUUGUUCAUGGCAAAACAGGACAUCUUAUGGCAUGCUUUACAUGUGCAAAGAAGCUAAAGAAAAGGAAUAAGCCCUGUCCAGUAUGUAGACAACCAAUUCAAAUGAUUGUGCUAACUUAUUUCCCUUAAUGGACAUGUCUAUAAAAGUAGAGCCUUCUAUUUCUAACUAUAUAACCCUAAAAAUUUAGACAACAUAAAAUUAUUUUUUUACACAUAACCAAUGGAAGAAAUUAUCUGUACAUGUAGAUUUCUUCUCCGUAGUGUAAUUUACCUACUUUGGGAGGGACAGUAGUAAGUACUUCUUUUAGAAAAAUUUCACUUUUGUUUAUAUUUGGGUUUUAAUGUAAUUAAAAUUGGACAUAUAGCUCAUCCUUAACCCUUACUCUUCACUCCCUUAAAAUUUAGAGAAGUACCUGAUUUUAAAAAAUACGACAUUUGAAUAUAAGUUAUGUACAUUCAGGUUAUGGUAUGCAGUGAUUAUGCUACUUACAAAACAUUCAAAUCUGCAGAUAGUUUCAUUCACUAUGCUUUGCAUUAAAUUGUCUAAAUUUUUAGGUUUAGUAUACAUAUUUAUUGAUUUACAAAUAAAAAUAUUAAAUGAUUAAGAA